AUGAGUCAACUCUGUUUAGGAUCAUCAACAGAGGAUUUGGAUAAUAUUGAGAAAGUUAAAGAGGAGGUGGUUAUUGAAAGAUAUCAAAUAACGUCAAGCUCAUCUUCACAGAGUCCACCUUCAUCACCUCUCUCGCAUCAUCAACCACAACACGAUAUUGUACAUAUAAAUAAUCAUCAUCAUCAUCAUUAUAAAAACAAACAAACUCUAAAUUCCGAUCCUCUCUCUUCGUCUAUUCAACAACAACAUAAACAGUCUACUAUUACUGCCAAUGAUAAUAACAUGACCCCAACAUUAAUAACAGAAAAACACAAUCACAUAACAUUUGCUGAUAGUGAUGGAAAUGUAUCCAAUUCUCAAAUGAUGGGAUAUAUGCAAAAAAUGUUCAGUAAUAGUGCCGUGCACAAAUCUGUGCUACAGAAUGAGAAAAUAGGUAAUAAUCGUACUUUUGAAUGGAAAAAAUCUAGAAAGAAUAUCAUAAAGAAACGAUUGGGUGGAGUACAAUUGGAAUUGGAAUUAUUUCAAACUCUCUUGUCUGUACUUUCUGCUGCAGAAUAUAUUGCAGCAUCUUAUAUUCAGAUUGACAUUGAAAGUCGUUUGGUAUCAUUGAGUAUUUUGGAUUUGGUUUUUAUUGCCUUUUUCAUUUUGUUUUUUGUGAUUAAUUUUUUUCUUUCAAAGGAAAAACUCACUUAUUUCAUUAAUCCAUUAUCAAUUUUGGACUAUGUUACGGUAAUUCCUUCCUUUGUGCUCAUUGUUGUUUCUUUUAAACGUAAUGAAUGGUUGGAAGGAAAUACAUAUGCAUUGGUUGGUUUACUGAGAGUAUUGAGAUUGUUGAGAGUAAUUCCUUUGGUGAAGAAGAUUUCUCGAAAGGGUGAUAUUAACUCUGUUGCUGCUAAGGUUAUUGAAUUGGGAUUGACUGUAAUUUGUUUACUGAUACUCUUUUCAGGAAUUUUUCAGUGGUGUGAAGCAUUCUUUUCAGAUAAGGAUAUUUACUUCCACGAUUGUUUAUAUUUUAUUGUAAUUACACUCUUUACAAUUGGUUAUGGUGAUAUUUCACCAUCCAAUCCAGUUUCUAGAUACGCUGUUAUUCUCUUCUUUUUGGUUGGUGUUUCACUAAUACCACUUCAGUUGAGUGGAAUUUAUGAUAUUAUCACCAGUGAAGAUAACAUUUUCAAGGUGAAAAAUUUAAUUCUUAAAAAGCAUGUUGUAGUGUCGGGCAGUGCUCGUCAUGAUGAAGUUGUGGAUUUUAUCAAACAUUUCUUUCACAAAUUCAAUAAGAAAAAAACAAAGAAACUGAUUUGCGUUUUCAAGAAUAAGGAACUUUCUGAACAAUUGAGAGAAUCAUUGAGGAAAAACAAUUAUCGAUCCUACAUUUACAUUUAUACUGGUGACAUUAUGGAUUUUGAUAUUAUGCAACUAUUAGAGAUACCAACAGCUCAUUCAGUUAUCUUGUUGAAUAGUCCAAAGAUUGGGCAUCCUAGAAAACAAGACAAUAGCAUAAUAAUGACCACAAUCGCUUUAAGAAAUUUCAAUAAGAAUUUGAAAGUAUUUGCCCAAAUCAACUUGGUAGAAUCGAAACCAUAUUUGAUCAAGGCUGGUGCCAAAGUUAUCGUCUGCAAUGAAUCCAUCAGUUCAAAAGUUUUGUCAGCUUCCGCUGUCUCGUCAGGAAUUGGAACAUUUCUGUUUAAUAUUAUGAGUGCUGUAGAGAUCACCAACGGUUCCAAGAAUUUUUAUGAUAAUUUAUACAUUGAAAAUAAGUGGAUUCUAGAAUACUCUGAAGGUCUAAAUUGCCAAAUUUAUAGAGUUGAUUUUAGUCCUGCUUUUUAUAAUAGCUUGUUUAUUGAUGCUGCUUUCUUGUUGAUUACCAAGUCAGAGGUUAAUAUUUUUGCUGUGGAGGAUGUAAAUGGAAAUAUAUUAGUCAAUCCAACAAAUUAUUUAAUCAAGGAAGGAGAUAGAUGUUUUUGUAUUGCCAAAAGUCAUAAACAUGCAAAGGAAGUAUCAAAUUACCAAUCCUCUGAAGAUGAAGAGAUCAAAACCACAAAGAAACUAAAAACUGCAAAACCCUUCAUUUACAAUUCCCAAAAAAUCAUUGAAGAAUUGGGUGACGAAUUCUAUGAUCCAAACUAUGCUGAUUAUCUGGCUAAGGAGCAGAUGGAUUUUGAAGGCAUUCACAAAAAUGAAAAUAAGGAAGUAAUGAAAAUCUCUGAAAAACAUAGAAAGAAGGUUGUAGAAAAGAAGACUCUUCCUAACAAGUUAUUGAUGGCAGCAAAUGCAACACGUACUCGUAGAAAGAGUAUCAGCUCAGAAUCAAGAAAAGCUGACAUUUACCUCUUGAGAGACAAACAUGAUGAACCAUCAGAGGAAGAAUUGAGCACACUACACAUGGAGAUUCUGCUAAAGCUUAUUUCACCAGAGUUUUACUUUUUACAAAAGAGAUGCCUACUAAAAGCUAUCAAACAGAAAAAACCAGAAGAACGAAAACGUCUCGAAGGUGAAUUUUAUUCAGAAGUUCAAAAGACCUAUAAUCUAGUGUCCAAUAUCCCUCGUUCAAAGGAAGACUUUUUAAUUACGAACUAUAGAAUCCCUACUCUCAUUAGAGAUCACAUUCUAAUCAUUGGAGAAUUUCAACAACCUGCCAUCAUUUGUUCUAUCAUUAGAUCUCUAUCAAGACAAAAUUAUUUCACUCAAAUAGUAUUUAUGAGUCCAUUUGUUGACAAGUACUUUGUUUUUUUAUAUGAAAGGCUCAAAUUCUUUUCCAAUGUGUACUUUAUUAGUGGUAAUCCAUCAAAAAGUUUUGAUUUGAGAAAAGCAGGAGCUCACCUUUCUAAAUCCAUCCUCUACAUUACUCAGGAGGAAAAAUUAGUCAAUAUUGAGAAUAAUAUUACUGAGGAAGCAGUAGAUCAAGAACAGAAUGAUUAUAAUAUCGAUUCAGAGGCCAUUAAGCUAGCACUAUCUAUUGAUUUUAUCGAUUCUAACAAGUUUUUCAUGAUUGAAUUGUGUAAUCGUUCCAAUUUGAAAUUUAUUCAACACGAUGGCGUUUCCACUUAUGAAAAAAUUAUGACACUGCAAGAAAGAGGAAUUAUUGAACAUAACUUGGAUGAAUUUGAUAGAUUUUGUUUAUUUUCUGAUUUGUAUAUUUCUGGAAAGAUUUUCCCAUCUUCUUCCUUCCUUUCAAGAAUUUUGGCUCAAUCGUUCUAUAAUAAGAGAAUUACUGAACUCUUGGAUCAAUUAAUUGCUGAUGAAUUUGUAGCUGGAGACAAUCAAUCAGUUCUGUUUGAAGUACCAGUCCAUGCCAUUUAUGUUGGAUCGACAGUAUUUGACAUGAUAUCUAACUUUUAUGAGCAUGGCUUGAUCUUGAUGGCUCUAAGUCGGAUGAACAAAUCAAAAGAGGAGCAACACAGAUAUACCUACACCAAUCCGUCCCUUUCAACAGUGUUGCACUCGAUGGAUGUUUUAAUAAUAUGUGGAAAGAGAUGUAGAUAUCAAACUCUUUUGAAAAAUUACAACAAGGAAAAGUCUAAUAAUGCUACAACACCAUCUAAUACUUCUCAAAUAGUUCUCAGUGAAGAGGAAAUAGUGGUCAACUUGGAUAGGGAUGUUUUCACAGAUCCUCAAAUUGUUGUUUCUCCAAAUUCUCCACCAAUUUCCUUAGUGGUACCACAUACAUCACCGACUACAAGUAAUAAUAAUAAUAAUGGAAAUAAUCGACCAUCCUCAUCAGCUUUACUUCUUCGACCACCUCAAAACACAUCUUCAAUCAAGGAAGAGGAUGAAGAAGAUAGAGCUCCUAGAAUGAGUUUUGAUCAAUUAUUAUUAAGAUCAAAGAAGGUUUAA